CCGGACACAUUUUUGUGGCCGCUACCAAUGUGCAAUAAAACCUUGAAAAUCCACAAAUGAGGGGCGUAGAAAUGAAGUAUUUUUGUAGACAGUUUGUAUUUUAAAAUCGGGUGUGGUUUAUUCUUUCAGUUUGGUUACUGCUGUCAAACAGGGCGAGACAUGGGGUAUCAAGUUGUCUCGUGGCACCCCCGUGAGACCGGGACGCGAGCGCAGGCAGAGCGAGACGGAACCGGACCGGCUUUCGCGGGCAGGGAGCGAGGGGCUCGCGCCUCCUCUGGCUGCGGACCCGCGGGGACUGACGCGCCACAGCGGCGAGCCGACACGUUUGACGCAGCUCCAGAGACGGGGUUCAGGCACGGGUUCGCCUUGGAACGUCCUGGAACGCGUCCCCGAACCGAGCUCGGAGCGGGUUCGGAACCGCGCGGCCGGACUCGUUGUCCGAGAUCUGCACUCUGCGGGGGAAAGAAACUGCUGAGUCACGGUCCGCGAUUCAGUCGCACGGCAGGUCUGUUCUGUGGAGGUGCGUCAGGGUGCACAGCGAUGGAGGAGAGAGCCAGGUGCCCCUCGGGGAAGCCAGCGCAGAAGAGCCGGCACCAGAUGAGCCGGUGUAGCGUCAGCACGAGAAGUCAGAGCAGGUCCACCUGGGGGCUGUUCAAAGGCAUGCCUGCUGAGGUCUUCGAUAUGGUUCUGGAGCACCUGUCCGUGAAGGAGAUGAGUGUUUUCAGUAUGGUAUCCAAAGCCAUAAGCAGUCACAUUGCGGGUUAUGUGUCCACGAAGGCGUGGAGAAGAAGAAUGAUCCUGCAGAAAUUCCACCACCCAGUGCACAAAGAGUGCGUGUUGGAGCACUACAGGUCUCUUGGUUUGUUGUUCAAGCGAUGUACUUUGUUACUACCAACCAAGGAAAGAUUGAAGUUCAUUUACAGCAAGCUUUCCGAGGUUCCCUGUUUUGAGAUUAAUAAAUGCACAGUCACUCCUGGAUGCUUAGGGUUUGCAAGCUAUGGGGUGUUUUUACAGACAUUGAUAGCUGGCUGGGAUGAACUUGAAUGUCACCGCGUCUUCAGCUUUCUGUGCAAUUACACCAGUCUGCCUCGCAAGCUGAGGGCAGCGGUAAUGGGCCUGCCAGGCGCAGCUCCGGACCUGGAGGUGCAGAUCCGUCUGUUCUGCAGGAGUGUGCUGCUGGACUGGUGGCGGGACCAGGCGGACAGGCUGUUCUGGCUGACCCGCCUGCUGCAGCCUUGGCCCUUUGUCUCUCAAGCCCGGCUGCUCUUCAUCUUCUACGGGCCUCUCUCCCAGGAUGGCAAAAUUGAGUGGGAGAAGAUGACAGAAAACGUAGUGCCCGAAUGCGAUUUGUGGGAUCUGGCAAAAAUAAUCCGAAUGCUCUUUAGUGAGUCGGAGGCAAAGGAGUGGACUGCUGACAGUGUCAUCAGUAUCCUCGAUGAGAUAUCAGCCUCGCCCCAGUUCUGGCUCAGGGAGAAUUUGGCUCGCCUGCUCAUUCUCUGUGGGAACCGCGUCUGCUUUAACUUCAUGGCCAGCAAGGCUUUGAAUGGGCGGGUGAUGGAAAUCUCAAGGCUUUUAGUUUUUCUGAUUCUGGUGUGUGAAAAGGACAACUAUUACAUGAACUGGAGCGUAAAGAUGGCGUUACAGAUCGGCAGGUUGUUCCCUGAAAGGCGGUCUUUCAUUCAGAAUAUCGAGACUGCGUUUUCACAGGUGGCUAUGGAGAUGUGUGAAACGCUAAUGGCUGGUGGCCAAAAUGCUGAUCCCAACUUGAUUCAUAACCUGUGCAGUAUUCUGAACGCAAAUGCUCAUUUCCAUACCGAAAUGCUAUGCAUGUUCAUCAAAGAGGUUUGAAGAAGCUCCUGAAUAGACAAGACUCUCUCCUGAGAAAGAUCAGGGGUCGCUGUACUCCAAGGAAGUAGAAAUAUAGCACUGAACUUUCAUUUGACAGCUUCAUGCAUCACAUUUAAUGUUCUCUAUAUUAUCAUAUAAUAUAGAUUGAGAUAUAUUACUAUAUUAUCCCAUAUGAAUUUAAGGCAGCACUUCAGUAUCUGAUCCCAUUUCUACCAGAAUGUGGAAUCACCUGAAUCCCAUAAACUUCAAGAUAGUUUAUGGACAUUUCACAUUUUGUCUUCAGCAUGGAUCUGAUCUAUAUGAUAUAUUUAACAUUGUUUUGUGUCUUUUACCAGCACUACAAUAUUCUGUUACUUUCAAUAUAUAGUAGUUUCUAAAAUGUGUAGAGUGAAAUAGCUUUUUGGUAAAACGUGCUGCCAGUUAUCUAAUCAAAAUCCUAAGGUUAAGACUGUAAGUGAAUAUUUUUCCAGACUGUUCCAAACAUGUCUCUUCUGUUGUAUAAGGAGCAUAUAGACCCAGGGUUUAACUUGUAAAUAAACAAGUAGUUACAGUAGUUAAUCUGGGAAUCUCAGGUAUUUUGUCUAAUAUUUAUAUAAAGUGAAAAUGGAGCAUUGUUCCAAAUAAAAUAUAUAUGUUAAAUUUUGAUCAGUAUUCCAGUCAAUACUUUCAUGCUUUGUGGGUUUUUAUGAACUGUUAGCACAUCAUUACACAAAGAGGCGUGGGAGUCUGGAACAAGCUUCCCAGCCUUACUGUUUAACUCAGACUCUUGACACUUGUAAGGAAUUCAGGUUCUUCACACCUGAAGAAGGCUCCACGG